AUGCACGCGGCAACGGCGGCGGCGGCGGCGGCGGCGGCCGCCGUCAAAAGGGAAACGCCGCGUACGUACAUACAUACGUCGUCCACGGUGUAUGAACAUCGUCGUUUGUCAAUGUUUUAAGAUGGCGGACGCGAACGAGAAGUUGUUGGCGGAACUCCUGAAAAAGCCUGGGAAUAACGUGUGCGCGGAUUGUGGGGCCAAGAAUCCGGAAUGGGCGUCUUACAACAUAGGUAUAUUCGUCUGCAAAAGAUGCGCCGGUGUGCACAGAUCUAUGGGAGCACAUAUCUCGAAGGUGAAGCACUUGAAGUUGGAUAGGUGGGAGGACUCUCAGGUGAAUAGAAUGAGGGAAGUGGGUAACGCCGCGGCUAGACUGCACUACGAAGAGCGCGUACCCUCGUGCUAUCGUAGACCAAGCCCAGAUGCCCCGCAAGUUUUGGUCGAACAGUGGAUAAGAGCAAAAUAUGAGAGGGAGGAAUUUUGCCAUCCCGAAAGACAGAAUCACUAUGUGUCAGGUUUUAUGGAAGGAUUCCUGAUGAAGCGCGGCAAGGAGGACUCGCGUUAUCAUCCGCGAAAAUUCGUGCUCAGCGAGGCGGAGGAUACCCUCAAGUAUCACGUUAAAGAGAACAAGGAACCCAAAGCCAUCUUGAGGAUAUCAGAGUUAAACGUGGCAUUUGUACCGACCAAGACUGGUAAUCAAAACAGUCUUCAGCUAUCCUUCAUGAAAGACGGCACCACGAGACAUAUCUAUGUGUACCACGAAGAUCCGGAAGUGAUCACAAAUUGGUAUCUCGCGAUCAGAUGCGCAAAGUUGCACCGUCUGCAAGUGGCGUAUCCAGGCGCGAAUGAGAACGAAUUGUUGUCACAGCUAACGAGGGACUUUCCACGCGAGGGUUUCCUGUGGAAAACAGGCCCUAGGCAUACAGAUGCUUAUAAGAAGAGAUGGUUCACAUUGGAUGGCAGAAAACUUAUGUAUCACGAUGAUCCCAUGGACGCGCAUCCAAAGGGUGAAAUUUUCUUAGGACACGGUUCCGAGGGUUUCGCGGUGAAAACGGGCGUACCGCCAGGCGCGAGGGACCAAGGAUUCUCGUUCACUCUCGAGACACCCGAUAGGACCUAUUUGCUCUCUGCGCAAAGCGACGACGACAGGUCGCAGUGGAUCAAUGUGAUCCAAAAAGUAAUUGAUAAGCCACUAACGCCACAGGAUGCGAGCGUAGCGGCGAGACUCGUAAGAAAACGCACAGCCAGUGGCUCGAUGAAUAUAUUUUCGUCUACGAGAUAGGGCUGGAUUCCUCUUAGACGUCUUUCUUAAUUCUCGUUCACCGGUAAUAUCGUACGAUCGAAUCGUAUAUUGUCGAUGAUUAUAUAUGUGUAUAUAUAUAUGUGUGUGUGUGUGUGUGUGCGUGUGUGUGUGUGUGUGUGUGUGUGUGUGUGUGUAUGUAUGUAUGUAUAUAUGUACAUAUAUAGAGAGAAAAAUAUAUGACUCAGCACACACGUGCGUGAUGCUCACGGCUAUACCUAGGGCUAUUAUUUACUCACCCAAGUACUAUUGCCGUUGAGUCAUAUAUUUGCUCACAUACCUGCGCACGGUAAUGUAGCUUACGUAGAAUAACGCAUAAGACUGCUCGAAGAUUGUUGAUGCGGAUGAAAAAACAAAAGUGGAAACUGCAAGCACACCCGCGCUCCUCAAUGACAUGAUUUUGCGUUACGAAGAUGCUUGUGUGUGUCACUUUACUGUCUAAAUCGUGUCUUUAGGCAGUAUUGUAACAAUAUUAUAUAAGGGAUUUUUACUUAGAAAUAACGUUGACAGCGCGAUAGAGCAUUGUCUCUGACAAUGUAAUGUUCGGAGCGCCGACCGAGGAAACUCUAUUCCAGAAAAUUAAUUUAAUCUAUCGACGAAACGAUCUAUCGAACUAGCUAGGCUGGUUUAGAAUAGAUAACUUUUCAAAGAUUAUCUGUCAAUGAUAAUUUGCAGUAUUUUGUUCUUCUAUUCUUUUUCAUUUUUUCUCUCUCUCUCUCUCUCCCCCCCCCUUCUCUCUUUUUCUUAGCCUCAGUUGAUUCAUUGAAACUUCCACGAUCGAUGUAAGAACGCAAAAGUGAUAGCGACACACUGU